AUGACGUCCUUCAAACAAAUUCCAUCCUCAGCGAGGAACUUCGUUGUGAAUAUAUUCUCAAUAUUCCAUACAACAAAUAAUCAUACAAGAAAUACUGAUAAAGGAAUCAAGGAAUUCUCGACUCCUCAAAUUGAUCGAAAAUUAAAAGUGGAAAGGCGCUGUAGUGAUACCACAAUGAACGACCGCGAAAGGAUUCCGCCAACACCAAUGGAUUUGAGAAUUAAGUUGGAGAAUAUCGAAAACUGGGAGCCGAAUGUUCAAGAGAAAGAACUCCUCCGGCGAACAUGGAGCGACGAAUUCGAUUUUCUCUAUAACCUUGGAUCAGCUAUUUACACUUAUAUUUUCUAUCAUAAUCCAAAUUGUAAAAAAUUAUUCCCUUAUUUGGAGCACUACGGCGACAACUGGAAGGAUUCCAAAGAGUUCAGAGGACAAGCUCUGAAGUUUGUACAAACUUUAUCACAAGUAGUAAAAAAUUUAUAUCACACGGAUAGAUUGGUGCCUUAUUUAUAUGGGAUAGGUCAACGACACUGUAAAUUCGCUUCCCGUGGCUUCAAACACGAGUAUUGGGAUAUUUUCGAGGAUGCCAUGGAACACUCCCUAUCAGAUCACAUGAACAAGUUACCUGACUUCGACGAGCAGACUAAGAAGAACGCAGUAAAGGUUUGGCGAACUCUUUCCUUAUACGUAGUGUCACAUAUGAAAAAAGGAUUUCUUGACGGUUUAAAAAACAUUAAUGCUCAUCCGCCAUUGGUUAAAUGA